AUUAGACAGCUCUUCUGUGUCAGCUGUAAGCGACACAGUUGAUCCAGCUAAAUGAAAAAGCAAAGCGUUCAUAAACAAUAAGAGUCGUUUAUCUGUACACAGGUUUAUACAAAAAAGACAAAAGUUUCCUUCGGCUUGAUGUUGUGAGCGUAAUGAACAUGGAUAUCCCAGUCACCCUCGUCAUCAAAGCCCCGAAUCAGAAGUAUAACGACCAGACCAUCAGCUGUUUCUCGGACUGGACAGUGGAGAAGCUGAAAGCCCAUCUGUCUCACGUCUACCCCAGUAAACCGAGCUCUAAAGACCAGAGACUGGUGUACUCAGGCAGGCUGCUCUCCGACGAUCUGCAACUCAAGGAUGUCUUCAGGAAGCAGGAUGAGUACCACAUGAUUCAUCUAGUGUGUGCCUCCCGCACGCCUCCCCCCUCCCCUCAGCCCCGCAAACGCAACUCGCGCAACAAGACACAGGCGGCGGCCACAGACACACACACACGGCCUGCUAGUGCAGGUACUACUACUACUACUACUACUAGUCCAGUGCCCCCUCCUGGUGCCCCGUGUGAUGUUCCAGUCCAGCCCACAGCUGCUCACAACCCUCUCAACACUACUGCACACCCCGCCUUCACACACGGGUACCCCUGGCCCCAGGUUCCCAUGGCGACAGCUGGCCCCGCAUCAGGACCGCUGCUCCCCAUCAGUCCCAUGAGCCUCUUCUGGUGGCAGCAGGCCUACGCAUGGCACUUAUAUACACACUACCAAGCCUCAUUGGCUGCUUACUACCAGACGGCCCGGCCUCCUCAACCCGACAGCCAACCAGAGCAGCCCAGUGAACAACAACAACAACAACAGCAGCAGCAGCAGCAGCGGUUGGCUGAGGCGGCCGGGGGGGAGGGUCCAGAGGAGGAGGACGUGCAUCGUGAUUGGCUGGACUGGGUGUACACGGGCUCGCGGGCCGUGGGCCUUCUCAGCAUCAUCUACUUCUACUCCUCAUUCAGCCGCUUCGUCAUGGUGCUCAUCGGCAUGGUCAUGCUCUACCUGCACCAAGCCGGAUGGCUCCCGUUCAACCUGGUGAAUGAGCUGCAGGAUCUGGCCGACCUGGGGAACCAGGAGGAGCUGGACGCCGACCUCAACGACCUCCACGACAUGGAGCGAGUGAUGGACGAUGGAGUAGGAGACGAUGACAGCGACAGCAGUGAGGACGGGAGCGAGGGAGGAGGAGGAGGAGGAGGAGGAGGAGGAGUGAUAGACGAGCAGAACGGCUUCCUCUCCUCCGCCUGGGGCUUCAUCACCACUUUCUUCACCUCCCUCAUCCCCGAGGCCGCCGGCGUGCCCAACGCCGCCAACUGAACCAGGAAGUGGAGUUCAUUCAGGAAGUGGAUUUGUAGUUUAUUGUGAACCGACGACGUCUUGGCGGUUUUGGAAGGAGAAAGACGGUUUAUCACAUCACAAAGAGGGGGAAACGACUGAAUCAUGAAUUGAAAACGCAUCCUCCCUGUGUAUUUUCACUGUUGUACAUGACCUGGCGUCUAGGCAGUGGCGGAACAAUUGCACACAGGGCCCCAGGGCAAAACACUGAUACGGCCCCCCCAUAUGGCCUGCCAUGGACACAAUAGCCCCCCCAACACCAAUACAGAAGGGCCCUGGACCCAGGGGGAAAUGCCCCACUUGCCCCCCUGUAGCUAUGCCCCUGCGUCUCGGCAGUGUUGGACGUUUGGGCGGUGUCUCAUCGCAUGACAACAGGAAACAGGAUACUGAAUCAUGAGACUCCUCCCCCAGGACUCGACUGAAUCAUGAGAUUCCUCCCCCAGGACUCGACUGAAUCAUGAGACUCCUCCCCCAGGACUCGACUGAAUCACGAGACUCCUCCCCCAGGACUCGACUGAAUCACGAGACUCCUCCCCCAGGACUCUACUGGGACCAAUCACAAGGCCCAGGCAACUCUUUAGUGGCUCCCUCAGUCUAAAUUGUGGACCUAAUUGUGUCUCCAAUACACUUCAACCAGUGGCGGAACGAUUGCACAUUAGGGCCCCAGGGCAUGAGACUGAAUAGGGCCCCUCAUACAGCCUGCCAUGGUCACAAUAGGGCCCCCACCACCAAUACAGGAGGACCCUGGGCCCAGGGGCAAAUGCCCUGCUUGCCCCCCCCUAUAUCUACGCCCCUGACUUCAACUGCAUCACGCCCUAAGGACCGUUGCCUCACUGGGAAAUGCCCCGUAUGCCAGAUUACCCCCCCCCCCCCCCCCCCUUCCACUUCUGGUUUUGCUACACCCCAUGUCUGCUAAAGUGUUUUCAUCUCUACUGUGCAUAAAGACUUGGUAGUGAUUAACGCAACUGCACUGAUAUUUCUUCAAAUGUCUUGCUUGAAAAAAACAUCCUCCCUUCCUCCUC